AUGAAGUACUCGACUUUUGCAUCUCUUCUUCCACUUUUGGGUCUUGCCAAUGCGCUCGCCUUACCUCAGUCACCCAAGAACGGUACCGACCUUUAUGUUUCGUUUCAAGAACCGGAUGAGUCCGGCCAACUCGUGAACCGAGCUGCGUCUGGCUACAGGAACGUCGCAUACUUCGUCAACUGGGCUAUAUACGGUCGGGCCUACAAUCCGCAGAAUCUUCCAGCAAGCCAGCUUACUCACGUGCUCUACUCUUUUGCCAACGUUCGACCCGAGACCGGUGAGGUAUACCUCAGCGACACUUGGUCUGACACCGACAAGCACUAUGACACAGACUCCUGGAAUGACGUGGGCACCAACGUGUACGGCUGCGUGAAGCAAUUGUUUCUGCUGAAGAAAGCCAACCGCAAGCUCAAGGUGCUACUGUCUAUUGGUGGUUGGACCUACUCAUCAAACUUCGCCACGCCUGCCAGCACGGCCGCAGGUAGGAGCAAGUUCGCGAGCAGUGCCGUACAACUCGUCAAAGACCUUGGCUUCGACGGUCUGGACAUUGAUUGGGAGUAUCCCUCCGACUCUACGCAAGCUGCCAACAUGGUCGCUCUCCUCGCUGAAGUCCGAAGCCAACUCGACGCCUAUGCUGCUCAAUACGCCAACGGCGGCCACAUGCUUCUCACCGUCGCCUCUCCUGCUGGCCCAACGAACUACCAGAACAUGGACCUUGCAGGCAUGGAUAAGUACCUCGACUUCUGGAACCUGAUGGCCUAUGACUAUGCCGGCUCCUGGGACACUACCUCCGGCCACCAGGCCAACUUCUACCCCUCGACCAGCAACCCUACCAGCACGCCCUUCAACACCAAGCAAGCUCUGGACUACUACACUUCUCACGGUGUCGCUGCCGCCAAGAUCACGCUUGGCAUGCCGCUUUACGGUCGCGCAUUCCAGAACACCGACGGUCCAGGCAAGCCCUACUCCGGUAUCGGUGCCGGUACCUGGGAAGCCGGUGUGUACGACUACAAGGCGCUCCCCCAAGCUGGUGCCUCGGUCGUGAACGACGCCAGCGUGGUGGCGAGCUACAGCUACGAUUCUUCCUCGCGGACGAUGAUCUCUUACGAUACACCAGCCAUCAUCCAGCAGAAGACCGGCCUCAUCAAGUCACUUGGUCUUGGUGGUGGUAUGUGGUGGGAGAGCAGCUCGGACAAGACGGGCUCGGACUCUUUGAUCUCAACUUACGUAAACAGUGUCGGCGGUGUCAGUGUCCUUGACCAGAGCAACAAUGUCCUUACGUACUCUGGCUCUAAGUACGAUAACAUGAAGGCUGGCUUCCCCAACAACUAG